UUUCGAACUACAAGGACUGUAACGAUAAAUACAGGGAAAGGGCAUGCAUAAACCCCUUUCGACGUCAUAACAUCGCUUUAAGAUGUCAAAAACCCUUCUGGAUAUAAGGGGGCUUCCCCAGGAGCCCCGAGUUCAUUUGCCAAAAGACCUAGAAGGGCAUAGCACGGAAUAUUUCAAUAUGUCUAUUACUACAUCAGCUGCUCUCGGAGGGAUCUCUAAGCUUUUCCCCAUGUGGGGUGAUCUGUUUGUAAUGUUGCUUGUGGUGUCGUUGCAAUCUCAGGGAAUCAAAGGAUUACACAGGGAACGGGACAACAGCGUGCCAGACUGUGGUAUCGAGGUACAAAAAUCAACAAGUCUCAAUUAUGGCUACAUCGACUGGGAUGGGGCGAACUACAACGGCUCUAUUAACUGUUCGUAUGUGAUUGCUUUGGCCCCAUGGGAGAGAGUCAGGCUCACUUUCCUGAAGUUCCGAUUGCCGUCCACCACACAAAACUGCACAUCCGGGUAUCUGCAAGUUGGUACUUCUGGUGAGAUGGGAGCGAGGCUGUGUUCAGAACGAGACGUUGCCUUGCCGAGAACGAGGGUGAUCAGGGGGAAGUCUGCAUGGGUCUCGUAUUAUUCGUCUGCUGCUGAAAAUGAUGCAUUCAUGAUCAAGUAUGAAGUGGAAAAUGAAACUGCCUGUGAUAGGACAUUGACGCUCGGUUCCUCCGCCUCGACCGCAAACCUUCCCAUUCUCUCAUCACAUGAUAAUCCACGAAACACGUCCUGCACAAUCCGGCUUGUCGCCCCUCAUGGCCAACUAAUUCGUCUGUCAUUCCGACAAGGGGCGCGGAGCGUGUCAAACAGCUUCUCAAAGGAGUCACAACAGGGUCUUACCAUCCCCGGCAUCUUAGACGGAAACUCGGCUUCGUGCAAAGCUGCAAAAGGUAUAAUCCGCUUUGGAAACCACCUCGACAGGAUGAGCGAUAAUUUCCCAUCCUCUUUUCGGCUUUGUAAAGACUUUGUCCCGCUUGAGUACGUCUCGCGAGGGAAUACGCUCUGGAUCGACUUCAGAGAGAACUCCGCCUUCAAUGAAACCAACUUGAGCAUUGAAUACGAGGUUCUUCCAAAAGUUACUUGUACAGACCAACAAUUCAAAUGUUCAGCUGUACAAUGUGUCGACAAGGCCAGGGUGUGUGAUGGGAAAGUGAACUGCAAAAACGGACUGGAUGAAUAUUGUGACCACGACCGAAAGAGUCCUGGUUGUUUCCUCUGUGAGGAUGGUAACUGCAUUGGGCCGAAGAAACCCUUCUAUGCAUUUGAUGCUGACAAACCACUGUGGUGGCUGUGUGAUGGUUAUAGCCAUUGUAAUGAUGGGACAGACGAGAGAGCAGACGUAUGUCGCCGAUUGCGAGGACGGCAUGAUUCCUUGUUUUAUUGCCAACCCAAAACAGCAAGAAACCGCGGUAACUACACGGUGGCCAUUUUAAAGCGGUUUUUAUGCGAUGGAAUCGAGCAUUGCUAUAAUGGCGAAGAUGAAAGGCAUCCAAGCUGUCAGAAAAAGAAAGGAAAGAGUCAUUUCAGGGCUGAAUGGGUGUACGUUCCCCUGGCGGCGUUUGCAUUACUUACCCUCGGCAUCGCCACCAUCUAUUUUUCCGGUAAAUCAUCCAAACGACGUAGCGGUGAAAAUGGCGACUACCUUGUUCCGUCAGUGGUGGUGAACAGCGCCGACGAUGGGGAGGAGUCGGAGAGUGAACACCUGGAGGGCAGCGCUGAGGAAACCCAGCGGACAACCGGCAAAUGCGGCAAGGCGGGGAAGAAGAAAACUUGGUUGAAUCGGUUUAUGUCCAGACCUCCGACCAUUCAGCAAAUUGAGACGGCUACGUGAUCCACAGCUCUCAUUGAUUUAUUACACUUCAGCCACUUUCGCAGCAAAUGUUCCAAUCUUGGCUAAUUCCCUGUGGCUGAGUCCGAACGUCUCCACCACGACUGUUGACUUGAAACUCGGGCAUGGGGAUUUGCAGUCAAAAAGUUAGUAUAAUUUGUAAAGCAUUUUCAAUCAUCGAUCAGAGGCUGAUUGAUAGCUUGUUCUUUGUCGAAAGGCGCAGAAUAUCUUUGAAAGCUUUAUGAUCAACGGUGCUUCGGCGUGUUUCAUCUUCGAUAGUCCGUCCUGACGGAGAAGCUAAAGCAUUAAGCUUAUUAGUUAUCAAUUAUAUUAUUGUAUAAAUUAGUCAUGCCCCUAUUUUUUUGUAAAAAAGUAGCUGGGAAAAAUUGAAAAAGCAAUUGUUGAUGCAAAGUAGACACGGGCACUGAGAAGUUGCGAUCGGCAUGGCGUCGUUGGUGCGAAUCGGUCGUUAUGUCGUAGAGUGUUUUUGUUAGUUCUAUUUAUCGUUUGUCACAAUCAUGCCCAUGUAUACUUGUAUCUGAA